AUGGGUAGACUCAUCAAGAACCACUGGGCGCGUCUCAUCAUCUUGAGCGCCGCAGCCUACCAGAUUGCUGCUGCCAUCGAGGCAUUCAUCUGGCCCAAGAUCUUUUGGGAUUUCCUCACACAUAGCCUCGACGGGGCUGUGAGACCGAUUCCCGUGCUUCAGAUAUUAAAUCUGCUCUUCGGCCUCCUCAUGAUAGGCCUCGAAUGGCCUCUGGGCUUCGUCGCCGGCUCGGCACUCCACCGCUCGCUCGAAUUCCGGCUCGCCCUCCUCCCCUUAACGGCGUUGUGCGCAGCCCUCAUCUACCAGGGCACAAAUGCCGCCAUCUACUACCUCAUCGGCAUGGUUGUCUACUUUUGGGCAUACAGCGAAGGCGAGUCAGACUUGGGAAAAGCAUCUAGAUGA